UUUUAUUUUUUAACAUUCUAGUCACGACAAACAUCUCUCAGCGGGUAAACGCCGCGAACUCCGCUAUGAAUUGUUUACGGAAAUAAAGUACUUAUAUACAAAGUUUUAAAAAAUGUGGGUGGACGUUAAUGGACGAGAAAGACAGAGUUAUAUGUCCCAAUCGAAUGGUUCUUUUAUUCCUGGAUACACGGGUCAUUGCCCUCUACUGAAGUUUCGCUACGGAAAGUGCUACGGCGACAACACGCGACAAAUUCUGAAGGAAAUACGGUCUAAGGGAUUAUUUAAUAAACCGCUGAAAUACCGCCCCGGUGACAACUACGAGCUAGACAACAUGCCACGACGAGACACGCCAACACGAGACCCCUACAACGGCAGGCAUAAGCAGCCUGCCUACAUGACCGGCUACACUGGAUAUGUACCAGGAAUGAAUUUCACGUAUGGAAAAUCUUACGGUCGAGCGGCAGACGACUGCAUGGCAGAUUUCUCCGCAAACCAACGAAACUUGCGACGUAAAGCCGACUUGAACCGGAGUUACAUUCGAUCGAGAAGCGCACCGAAAAUGGAAACCGUGCAUUCGAGAGACGAAAUUCGACGCGAUCUUAAUAGAUUCAUAGAAAUCAAUAAAUACAAAGAGAACACAAUAUCACCGGAAUUCCCUCCAAUAGCCGGUUACACCGGUCAUAUCCCGCGUAUAAAAGGCUCGGAAGCCUCACUCAGCCAGCGAUACCACUGCGCCGCGAAACGUGGCUUAGAACUAAUUCAGAUGGAAAGAGACAAGAUGAAGGAACUACAAAACGCAGAUGCUAACAUUAAAUCAAUUCUAAAGGAUAAGGAAAAGAAAUAUUCGUAUUGUAAUUGGGGAUAACAUACGGGUAGAAGAAUGUUCUUCACCAAGAAUCGAUGAACAUUCUUCUAAUUGGAAUAAUCAGUAUUUUCGAAAUGAUAGUAUUUUUUUGUGAUUUCUCCCUAAAACGUGCAUGUCGCCUUAGUUUAAAACUGUUCACAGUACUCUGAAUUCUGUCAAUUAAAUUUCAACUUAUUUAUAUUAAAACCUUAUAUUCAUAAAGAAGUUUCAGUUUUAAAAUAAAUAGCUGUAAGCAACUUUUGAUUCAAAUCGUAAUAACAUUAGAUGUUUCUUCUAAUCAUGUUUAUCAUGAGAUAAUAGGCGACAACGUAAAAUAUAAAGCAACGUGCACUUUCGUGUAAUGCAAUUUUAAAUAUUAUCACUUAAAUUGUACUUACAGAAAAAGUAAAUAUAUAAAAAAAAGCAUUCAAAGAGUAUAAUAAAUACUCCAAAUUUGUCAAUGCCUUUAUCUAUUAUGAUUAACUAUUUGAUUUAAUUAAAAAAAAUUGUAAAUAUAGAACUUAUAAAUGAAAACAAAAAAAUAUUAUUUUAUAUUUAAGGAAAGAUUUAAAAAAAUGUAAAUAAACGGUAGAAAUAAUAAAUUGCCAUAGUAAAAAUAGUUUUAUUGAAAAUGUUACUAUUAAAAUAAAUUCUGUAACUCAAAGUUAUUAUAUUUAGGACAAGAUUACAUAAAUAGAGAAUAUAAAAUAGGACAUCAGGACAGGACUUACGAUAAACAAUUACAAUUCGUGAACCAUAUAUGAAUUAAAAGCACCUACAAUAAUUGUCAUAACAAAAUUAUUUUAAUUAGUAUAAAUGUUUAUUUUUUUUUAAUUUCAUUACAAAUUGUACUUUAAUAAACAAGCAUAUUUUUUCUUGUAAAAAAACAAUAUUCAAAAUAGUUUUUACUUUAAACACCAACAAUAAUUGAAAUUGUAUUUCUAUUAAAUUUCGUUUCGUAUUAAAGCUCUACGGUAGAUUUUGUUAUAUUUAGUACAAUUUGUAAUGAGAAUAUAUCUACUAUGUAAUGUAUUCAAUAUUGAGCUGCAACAUAUUAAUAAUACAUUUAUGUAAUAAUUAUAUUUCCACAAAUUAUACUUGAAAAUCAUUUAAUAAAUUUACUUAAAUCUAAUUUUAAUAAAAUAAUUAGUCUUCUAACAUAUCAUGUUCAACAUGACGAUACAAAAAUUAAGUAUUAUUAUAUAAUAAAAGAUUUAAGGUACUUAUAAUAAGGCACAUAUUUUAAAAUUGCACCAUUGCAUUUUUGGAAUUAGUUUAUUCGUUGUUAAACCUACUUAAUAAAUAUCUUUAAAUCUUAAAUUUUAACUUUUAGGUAAAAUUUCCACAAUUUUACCUGAUUUUUCAUCUACACCAUCUAUAAUCACUGGUGUGUCAUAGACUGGUGUUGCUACUUUAUUUAUGGCAUUGUUUUUAUCGCUGGCAAGUUCAAGCAUCAAUGUUUCCAACUUCUGAGCCUUUCUCGUUUCAUUGUGAGUGAUUAGUGCACAGAGAUGUUCUGUGAGGAGUUCUUUUUUCUCUUUCUCCUUUUGUAAAUUUAUUUUAGCUUGUAGGAA